UGUACAUGCCCACAGAGAAACCCGUCAUAUGGUCCAAAGUGGGUUGCGAUAACAACUCGAACGAACAGAGCGACUGAGAGAUUCCCCAACCCAGCGUGUUCAACGAGAAGCGACUUAAAUUUCGCUCAGUUCCAUUUCAACUCUCGCACGGUUUCCAACAGCCGGUCCAUCUGUUGGUCUCAUUGGAGUGUUCGGAAGGCAAAAAACAAAUUAUAAAUCACAAUCUACUUUUAUCUUAUGCCUGUGCCACUUGACAACAGUUUGCUACGUGGAUUUCGUGUGGUUUGAGUGGUAGGGAUCUGAACAAAAUGUACAGGAUUAUCACCCGACAGUACCACAGUACUAAGGGGGUCUUCGGGUUCAAACCAAAGCAGCAGAAAGCGUUUCAACUGGAUAAAAUCGUAAUCGAGGCAAGAGUUCAAAAAAGUAAUGCAUACCGUUGGGUAGAAGCCUAUCGGAACCAUGCUCAUCGAACAGCGGCAAUAGAUCCUGUAACAUUCCGCGCACAACCUGUAAGCGAUGUCCCAGAGCUCGACAGUCUACGAUACGGACUAUCAUCGCGCGAUUUCGUUGAACCAUUUGGUAUUUUCAAUUCCAAAUCCAACUCCACGUUGACUGUCGAACAGCUUAAGGAUCUGCUCAGUCAAACUUAUUGUGGCAGUGCGAGUAUUGAGCUAGCUUAUAUCGAAAAUGAGCAGGAGCGCGAGUGGUUGACAGAGAACUAUGAACGACUCUUCCACGAAAAUCUGGGCACCACCGACCGGAGAGAAAUCGCAGAACUACUGCUCAAAUCACAAGCCUUCGAUAAUUUUCUGGCCACGAAAUUUCCCACCGUAAAACGUUAUGGCGGCGAAGGAGCCGAAAGUAUUAUGGCCUUCUACCGGCAGCUUUUUAUCUGUGCGGCAGAGGCCGAUCUCACCAAUAUCGUUGUUGGAAUGCCUCAUCGAGGUAAGCUAAACGUACUGACAACGCUAUUCCAAACGCGUCCUGCAAAAAUCUUCCGCAAGUUCAAAGGUCUACCCGAAUUCCCGCCAGAUGCGAAAGCAAUGUGCGACAUUGCUAGUCAUUUCCAUACCUCAACCGAUCUACAAAUUCGUGGCAAAACAAUUCAUUUGAAUAUGCCCCAUAACCCAUCUCACCUGGAAGCGGUUAAUCCCGUUUCGAUGGGCAAAACUCGUGCGAAACAACUCUUCCUACGGGAUGGACCAUACGCCAGCGAAGGUACGCGACCGACCAAGGUUCUGAACGUCCAGCUGCACGGGGAUGCCGCCUUCACGGGCCAGGGUAUCAACCAGGAGUGCCUGAUGACGGCUAACGUGCCUCACUUCGAUGUUGGUGGCUCGAUUCACAUGAUCGUAAACAACCAGGUAGGUUUCACCACACCCGGAGAUCGUGGCCGCGGAACACGCUAUGCAUCGGAUCUUGCUAAGAGCAUCAUGGCUCCGAUCUUUCACGUUAAUGGCGAUAACCCUGAAGCGUUGACUAAGAUAACUGAGUUGGCGUUCGAUUACCAACAAACGUUCGAAAAGGAUGUGUUCAUCGAUUUGAAUUGCUUUCGGCGAUGGGGUCACAAUGAGCUGGAUGAUCCAACGUUCACAAAUCCCAAGUUGUAUCAGGUAAUCCACAAUCGUGACUCUGUCCCAAAUUUGUAUGCGAGGAAACUUCUAGACAGUGGAGAGCUUACACAAAGUGAGGUCGAUUCGGUGGUUAAAAAACAUAUCGAUUACCUGAACCACGAACUACAGAAUGUGAACGAGUACCAACCGGAGAAGAGUUAUUUUGAACGACAAUGGAAUGGAAUACUGCAAGCCGGUAGCGAAAUCACGGUUUGGGAUACCGGAGUCGACUACAGCCUGCUGAAUUUUAUUGGAAGAACUAGCGUGAAGUGUCCAUCCGACUUCGCGCUUCAUCCACAUCUCAAGAAGCACCACGUAGAAGCUCGUUUGAAGAGGACUGCGGAGGGAAACCGUAUAGAUUGGGCCACUGCUGAAGCUAUGGCUAUCGGUAGUUUGAUGUACCAAGGAUUCAAUGUACGAAUCAGUGGGGAGGAUAUUGGAAGAGGGACAUUCUCCCAACGGCACGCAAUGUUUGUCGAUCAGAAUUCAAACGAAAUUUUCAUUCCGUUGAACGAGCUCCAGGGUGGUUCUGGUGGGAAGCUAGAGCUUGCCAAUAGUAUACUUUCGGAGGAAGCGGUGCUUGGAUUUGAGUACGGAAUGGCUAUCGAUAAUCCAAAUAAUUUGAUAAUCUGGGAGGCACAAUUCGGCGAUUUCUUCAACGGAGCUCAGAUUAUCAUAGACACAUUUCUAGCAAGUGGUGAAACUAAGUGGAUGGUUUGUAACGGACUCGUCAUGCUGCUUCCACACGGUUACGACGGAGCUGCAUCGGAACAUAGCUCGUGUCGUAUGGAACGUUUCCUGCAAAUGACAGAUUCUAAGGAAAGCACACCGGACGGUGAUGACAUUAACAUGCAAGUUAUCAAUCCUUCCACACCAGCUCAGUAUUUCCACGCACUUCGCCGACAGAUGAUUCGUAACUUUAGAAAACCACUGAUUGUUGUGGCACCCAAGACACUUCUUCGCCUAUCCGAGUGCGUGUCUAGCCAUACAGAAUUAGCCCCGGGUACAUUUUUCCAACCGGUACUCGGAGAUAGUGUAGUCACCGAUCCCAAAAAGGUAAAACGAGUUAUCUUCUGUAGCGGUAAACACUACUAUAACCUCAACAAUGAGCGACUGGCAGCUAGGAAUUAUGAGGUAGCGAUUGUACGGCUGGAAUCUUUGUGUCCCUUCCCGGUGCAAAACAUACGGGAUGAAUUGGCAAAGUAUACGAAUGCAAAAGAAUUCAUCUGGAGUCAGGAGGAGCACCGGAACAUGGGAGUUUGGAGUUUUGUUCAGCCUAGGUUCGAAAAUAUGUGCGGGAACAGGAUCAACUACAGAGGACGCUACGAAGGAGCUACCAUCGCUGUCGGAGUAAGUUCGUGGCAUGUCAAGGAAGCAGAGUCAGUGAUUAAAUCGGCAUUCAAUUAAGGAUCAGAUCAAAAUGUUGCUAAACAAUGAAUUUAUUCGUGCAAAGUGUAGGCUAAUAGUGCUAUCAAAGCGUUCUGCGAGGUCGCAAUUGAAUGUUAUCAAUAAAAAAAAACUAUGUUAUGGCUUGUUGAAGUGCGUAACGGUGAGGUUG